AUGAAGAUAAAAAAAAAAAUGACUACUGAAAAUGCCUCUUUUGUGACUGAAUUCAUUCUAGUGGGACUAACAGAUCACCCAGACCUCCAACUCCCCCUUUUUUUCCUAUUUCUAUUAAUGUAUAUGGUGACUGUGUUGGGAAACUUGGGCCUGAUAACUCUAAUUGGACUGAAUUCCCACCUUCACACCCCCAUGUACUUUUUCCUCUUUAACCUGGCUUUCAUAGACCUCUGUUAUUCUUCUGUUUUUACUCCCAAAAUGCUGCUCAACUUUUUAUCAAAGAAGAAUAUUAUCUCCUACCAGGGGUGCAUGACACAGUUGUUGUUCUUCUGUUUUUUUGCCAUCUCUGAGUGCUAUCUCCUGUCAGCAAUGGCCUAUGAUCGCUAUGUGGCCAUCUGUAAUCCACUCUUGUAUAACAUUGCCAUGUCCCCUAAAGUGUGCUCCACCCUUAUGUUUGGAUCAUACUUGAUGGCAUUUUCUGGUGCUAUGGCUCACACUGGAUGCAUGCUGAGACUGACCUUCUGUGAUGCCAACAUCAUCAACCAUUAUUUCUGUGACAUCCUCCCUGUGCUCCAGCUCUCCUGCACAAGCACCUAUGUCAAUGAACUGGUGGUGGUCAUUAUGUCGGGCAUCAACCUCAUCGUGCCCAGUCUCACCAUCUUUAUCUCUUAUGGUUUCAUUAUCUAUAGCAUCCUCCACAUCAGUUCCACUGAGGGCAGGUUUAAAGCCUUCAAGACCUGUGGUUCCCACAUAAUAGCUGUUUCUUUGUUCUAUGGAUCAGGUUCAUUUAUGUAUCUCCAACCAUCUUCUGCUGGGUCUAUGGAUGAGGGAAAAAUUUCUUCUGUUUUUUAUACCAAUGUGGUUCCCAUGAUGAACCCUUUAAUCUACAGCUUUAGGAACAAAGAUGUGAAAUUUGCCAUGAGAAAAAAACUGAGUAGGAGAAUGUUUUGA